AUGGCCUUAACACACCCCUUUACUGCUGUUGAUGUAGCCAAUAAGUAUUGGAAGAGAGUCCACACUUUACAUGGUACGCCUGAAUCCAUAGUCUCUGAUAGAGAUAUGAUUUUACUCAGCAACUUUUGGCAAGCCUUAUUCAAACUGAAGAGAACUCAACUACUGUACAGUUCAGCUUACCACCCUUGGACUGAUGGUCAAACUGAACGAAGACAGCAAAUGCAACAAUUACUCAAGGAUAACUUGCAAAAAGCUCAGGAGAGAAUGAAGUUGUAUACAGAUCAAAAGAGAACUGAAAGAGCGUUUCAAGUUGGGGAUAUGGCAUAUUUGAGUCGAGCUGGACAAGUUGCCUAUAAACUGUUACUGCCUCCUACUUCUAAAGUUCAUCAUGUUUUCCAUGUUUCAUUGUUAAAAAAGAAAAUUGGCUCUAGAGCAGUGGUCCAGUCAGUCUUGCCCAUGACCAGUGAAGAAGGCCAAUUCCUAGUAAAACCAGUAGCAAUCUUGCAAAGACACCUUGUUCAAAAAGGAAAUGUUGCUGCUAUUAAGAUCUGUAACCCAGCUAUGGGAUUCUGA